GAGCGCGUGCGCGGCGAGUGCUUUGGGGCCAGAGUGGGCGAGGCGGGGAGGUCCGGCCUAUAAAGUAGUCGCGGCGCCCUGGUGCUGGUUUGCGGCGUAGUCUCCUGCAGCGUCUGAGGUUUCUCUUGCAGUCCUCGGAACCAGGACCCCGGCGUGGCCUAGCGAGUCAUGGCGAUGAAGGCCGUGUGCGUGCUGAAGGGCGACAGCCCAGUGCAGGGCAUCAUCAAUUUCGAGCAGAAGGAAAGUAAUGGACCAGUGAAGGUGUACGGAAGGAUUACAGGACUGACUGAAGGCCUGCAUGGAUUCCAUGUUCAUCAGUUUGGAGAUAAUACACAAGGCUGUACCAGUGCAGGUCCUCACUUUAAUCCUCUAUCCAGAAAACACGGUGGGCCAAAGGAUGAAGAGAGGCAUGUUGGAGACUUGGGCAAUGUGACUGCUGACAAAGAUGGUGUGGCCAAAGUGUCUAUUGAGGAUUCUGUGAUCUCACUCUCAGGAGACCAUUCCAUCAUUGGCCGCACAUUGGUGGUCCAUGAAAAAGCAGAUGACUUGGGCAAAGGUGGAAAUGAAGAAAGUACAAAGACAGGAAAUGCUGGAAGUCGUUUGGCUUGUGGUGUAAUUGGGAUCGCCCAAUAAACAUUCCCUUGGAUGUAGUCUGAGGCCCCUUAACUCAUCUGUUAUCCUGCUAGCUGUAGAAAUGUAUCCUGAUAAACAUUAAACACUCACUGUAAUCUGAAAAGUGUAAUUGUGUGACUUUUUCAAAGUUGCUUCAUAGUACCUGUAGUGAGAACCUGGUUUAUGAUCACUUGGAAGAUUUGUAUAGUUUUAUAAAAUUCAAUUAAAAUGUGUUUCAAUGACCUGUAUUUUGCCAGACUUAAUCACAGAUGGGUAUUAAACUUGUCAGAAUUUCUUCAAUUGUCAUUCAAGCCUGUGAAUAAAAACCCUGUAUGGCACUUAUUAUGAGGCUAUUAAAAGAAUCCAAAUUCAAACUAAA